AACAUCAUUCAAAUGUAAUACACAUGUUACAGACAGGUAGAGUUAACUCACCUGUCGCGUCUGACUAUAUGCAAGUUAACAAGAGCUUCUUAAUCUUCAUUGGAGAUACAGACAUAAGGGAUCAUGUCACUUCAUAUGCGCCCUACAUGCAUUAUGCCUCUGAUUAGUGUAAUAACCCUUCUUCUCAUGUGGGGACCUGGAUGCUCUGCGCGUUACGCAGCAAACUGGACCAGUCUGGAUGCCAGACCUCUGCCACAGUGGUUCGACCAGGCGAAGAUCGGGAUCUUCGUCCACUGGGGGGUCUUCUCAGUCCCUGGCUUCGGGCAGUACAGUGAGUGGUUCUGGUACUGGUGGAAGUCCCAAAAGCGCGCAGAGGAAGUUGAGUUCAUGCGGAAGAACUACCCUCCAGGCUUUAAAUACGCAGAUUUUGCGUCCGAGUUUCGCGCAGAGUUCUUCGAUCCGGAUCAGUGGGCAGAGAUAUUCAAAGCCUCUGGAGCCAGGUAUGUGGUAUUCACAUCCAAACACCAUGAAGGAUUCACAAACUGGCCCUCUGACAGCUCCUGGAACUGGAACUCAAUGGAUGUGGGACCUCACCGGGACCUGGUGGGAGAACUGGCUGCAGCUGUCAGGAAGAAGUCACUGCAUAUGGGUCUCUACCACUCUCUCUAUGAAUGGUACCAUCCCCUUUUCUUGAUGGACCAGGCCUCCGGAUUCAAGACUCAGAAUUUUGUUGCCCGUAAGACUCUUCCAGAGCUUGUGAACCUUGUGAUGGCGUACAAACCUGAUCUGAUCUGGUCUGAUGGGGACUGGGAAGCACCAGAUACCUACUGGAACUCCACCCAGUUCCUGGCCUGGCUCUACAAUGACAGCCCAGUCAAGGACGUGGUGGUUACCAAUGACAGGUGGGGUAAGGGCUGCUACUGCAAACAUGGAGGCUACUACAACUGUGCCGACAGGUACACACCUGGUAAACUCCCAGACCACAAAUGGGAGAAAUGCCAGUCCAUCGACACCCGGUCCUGGGGCUACCGAAGAGACAUGAAGCUGAGCGAGCUCAUGGAUCUGCCGUCCAUCAUAAAGGACUUGGUGUAUGUGGUGGCGAUGGGUGGUAACUACCUGUUGAACAUUGGGCCCAUGGCAGAUGGCAUGAUCGCUCCAGUGUUUGAGGAGAGGCUGCGGGGACUCGGUGCCUGGUUGGGGAUCAAUGGGGAGGCCAUCUAUGCUUCCAAACCCUGGAGGGUCCAGAUGCAGAACAGCACUGUCACUGUCUGGUACACUGUCAAAAGCAACACCGUUUAUGCCAUAAUCCUUGACUGGCCGUCCAAACAAUCACUUCAGCUCAUAGCACCAAGGAUUACUGGUGCCACAAAAGUUACACUUAUGGACUAUCCUAAUGUACCACUGAAGUGGGCACCACUGACACCAACAGCUGGACUGGUGAUUGUUAUGCCUGCUAUGCCAUUAUCUCCUGGAAAGGCCUGGUGUCUGAAACUGGAGGGAGUCGUCUAACGUUAGAGAGUUGUAAGACAAUCAACACCAAGUAGUCCUAAGGUCAAAGGGCAUGUCAUUAUACAUUUUAUUGUACUGUGUGUGGGAGUAAUUGUAUAUUAAAUGAUCAGGGAUUUAAGUGGAUUUUUGUUACAUGCACAGUAAUAUUAAAAGGCUGUGGAAGCUCACAGCAGGACCAACAGUA